UUUUUAAUAGGGAUUUAUCAAAGAUGUUCAUGAGGAUUCCCUGACAGUUGUUUUUGAAAAUAACUGGCAGCCUGAACGCCAAGUUCCAUUUAAUGAAGUAAGAUUACCUCCUCCUCCUGAUAUAAAAAAAGAAAUUAGUGAAGGAGAUGAAGUAGAGGUUUAUUCAAGAGCAAAUGACCAAGAACCAUGUGGAUGGUGGCUUGCAAAAGUUCGGAUGAUGAAAGGAGAAUUUUAUGUCAUUGAAUAUGCUGCUUGUGAUGCCACUUACAAUGAAAUUGUCACCUUUGAACGACUUCGACCUGUCAAUCAAAACAAAACUGUCAAAAAAAACACCUUCUUUAAGUGCACAGUGGAUGUUCCUGAGGACUUAAGGGAGGCGUGUGCUAAUGAAAAUGCACAUAAAGACUUUAAAAAAGCCGUGGGAGCAUGUCGGAUUUUUUACCAUGCUGAAACCACACAGUUAAUGAUAUUGUCUGCCAGUGAAGCAACUGUGAAGAGGGUCAAUAUCUUAAGUGAUAUGCAUUUGCGAAGUAUUCGUACCAAACUGAUGCUUAUGUCAAGAAAUGAAGAAGCUACCAAACAUUUAGAAUGUACAAAACAACUGGCAGCAGCAUUUCAUGAAGAAUUUAUUGUGAGAGAAGAUUUAAUGGGUCUUGCGAUAGGAACCCAUGGUAGUAAUAUCCAGCAAGCCAGAAAAGUUCCAGGAGUCACAGCAAUUGAACUGGAUGAGGAUACUGGAACAUUUAGGAUCUAUGGAGAGAGUGCUGAUGCUGUUAAAAAGGCUAGAGGUUUCUUGGAAUUUGUGGAGGAUUUUAUUCAAGUUCCUAGAAAUCUAGUUGGGAAAGUUAUUGGGAAAAAUGGCAAGGUGAUUCAAGAGAUUGUGGACAAAUCUGGAGUAGUUAGGGUGAGAAUUGAAGGAGACAAUGAAAACAAACUACCAAGAGAAGAUGGAAUGGUCCCAUUUGUAUUUGUUGGCACUAAAGAAAGCAUUGGAAAUGUGCAAGUUCUUCUAGAAUAUCAUAUUGCUUACCUAAAGGAAGUAGAGCAGCUAAGAAUGGAGAGACUUCAAAUUGAUGAGCAGCUCCGGCAGAUCGGUAUGGGUUUCAGACCCUCUUCCACCAGAGGGCCUGAAAAAGAGAAAGGCUAUGCCACUGAUGAGAGUACCGUUUCUUCUGUACAAGGUUCUAGGUCUUAUAGUGGAAGAGGCAGAGGUCGUCGGGGCCCUAAUUAUACAUCUGGUUAUGGCACAAACUCCGAACUGUCUAACCCCUCUGAAACAGAGUCCGAGCGUAAAGAUGAGCUGAGCGAUUGGUCACUGGCCGGAGAAGAUGACCGUGAGAGCAGACACCAGCGGGACAGCCGGAGACGCCCUGGAGGGAGAGGCCGAAGCGUUUCAGGGGGUCGUGGGCGUGGGGGACCACGCGGUGGAAAGUCGUCAAUUAGUUCUGUGCUUAAGGACCCAGACAGCAAUCCAUACAGCCUGCUUGAUAACACAGAAUCCGAUCAGACUGCAGACACCGAUGCCAGUGAGUCCCAUCACAGCACUAACCGCCGCCGGCGGUCUCGUAGACGGAGGACUGAUGAUGAUGCUGUCCUCAUGGACGGAAUGACAGAGUCAGACACUGCUUCUGUUAAUGAAAAUGGUCUAGAUGAUAGUGAAAAAAAACCCCAGCGACGCAAUCGUAGCCGCAGGCGUCGCUUCAGGGGUCAGGCAGAAGAUAGACAGCCAGUCACAGUUGCAGAUUAUAUAUCCCGAGCUGAGUCUCAGAGCAGACAAAGAAACUUGCCAAGGGAAACUUUGACUAAAAACAAGAAAGAAAUGGCAAAAGACGUGAUUGAAGAGCAUGCGCCUUCAGAAAAGGCCGUCAAUGGCCCCACAAGUGCGUCUGGCGACGACACGCCCAAACUGCAGCAUGGCCCCGAAGAAGAGAAAUCUGGCAUCUUGAAAGAAGAAGAGAAUUCUCCUGAGGAAGCUGCUGUGCUCAAUGGCGUGUCAUAAACGGGAGUUGCUAGUUUACAGUUCUUUUACAUUACAUUUUACAAUAGUGCUCGUACAGCUUGCCAAAGAUAGGAUAUGGAUCGCCAGUCUUGACACCGCACUUUCAGUUCCUCCAUUUGGAAUACAGAAAGGGGAGGGAUCCUGAAGAAAUCAUAUGUUAAAACAUUCUUUGACACCUACUGUGUUAUAAAUAUAUCAUCAGAUGUGCCUUGAGAUAGUAUAUGUAACAUUAAAAAGAAUUGCUGGCUAUAGGAAAUGUUAUUUUGUUUUCGAAAUAUGGCAGAGAUGGGGGGAGGGGGGAUCCCUAACGUAAUAUUCUUUAUGAAAGCAUUAGCUGCUUUUGUUACAUUUUUAAUAAUAUGCAACCACUUCUUCACCUGAGGAAAACUAGAACGAAAUGCAGUCUAAAAUAUUUUGCACUGAAUUGUAAUUUCUCCAUUAGUUUAGUCUGGAAACUGGUCUGUUUUAAUACAUGUUUUUUAAAUGCUGUAUGUAGAGGAAAAAAAGCUGCAGACCACUGGAAUACAUUUGUUAAAUUCUCAAACUGCAGGGACACUGGGUGAUAUUGGCAGUGACUGUUCUACAUUGAGGCUUUGUUUGGUUUAUUUAUUAAACUGUACAGUAUUUAAAAAUCAAACAUAGCUUUAGUUAAAACACUAAGCUGAAUUAGUCAUGUCCAUUCAGACAUAACCUGAACUACUGAAAAGAUCAAUUUCCAGAAGGUUUAUUCUGUAUAAACUACAUAUGUUAGUCCUUAGUAGAGUAUUUUUAUUUUUGUUUUGGUUGUUUGAUGUGCAAUAUGUUUUUGUAUGCAGGUAGUAAAAAAUAAACUUUGAUCUUCCAUUUGCUGGA